AUUUUGGAAAGUUCACUGAUAUCCAUGUCUUUCUAGGUUGGGUGGCUGUAACCUCACAGAGAGAAGCUGUGAAGCUCUUUCCUCAAUUCUAAGUUUCCAGUCCUCCAGACUGAGAGAGCUGGACAUGAGUAACAACAACCUCCAGGACUCAGGAGUGAAGCUGCUUUGUGUUGGACUUGGGAGUCCACACUGUAUGCUGGAAACUCUCAGGUUGUCAGGCUGUCAGAUCACAGGAACAGGCUUCACCGCUCUGGCCACAGCUCUGCGCUACAAUCCCUCCUAUUUGAAAGAGCUGGACUUGAGCUAUAAUCACCCAGGAGACUCAGGAAUGAAGCUUUUGUCUGAUCAAAAGGAGGAUCCACAUGUGAAACUGGAAAUACUCUGUGUGGAGCCUCAAGGAGUCCAGUGGAUGAGACCAGGUCUAAGGAAAUAUUUCUGUGAUCUGACGCUGGAUCCAAACACAGCACACAAGAACCUCAAACUGUCUGAUGACAACAAGGAGGUGACACAUGUGGAAGAAGACCAGCUGUAUCCUGAUCAUGAUCUUAGGUUUGAUCACUGGCCUCAGCUGCUGUGUACCAACAGUCUGAGUGGUCGCUGUUACUGGGAGGUUGAGUGGAGAGGAGAGGUUCAUGUUGCUGUAGCUUAUGAAGGAAUCAGACGGAAAGGAGAAGAGGAUGAAUGCAGGUUUGGAAGGAAUUAUCAAUCCUGGAGUCUCAACUGCAGUCAUGAUAAGGGUUACUAUGCAAGUCACAAAUUUGAUUUAAGAGCCAUCCCUCUUCUCCCCUCAGCUGUUUCUCACAAAGUAGCAGUGUAUGUGGACUGUUCUGCAGGAACUGUGUCCUUCUACAGUGUCUCCUCUGAUAAACUGAUCCACCUGCACACCUUCAACACCACCUUCACUGAACCUGUAUAUGCUGGGUUUAGGGUGAAGCCUGACUCUAGUAUCCACCUCUGUGCUGACUCAGAAUAAUGAACUUACUGUGCAGAGAAAUAUUCUCACAUUGGUGUUUCAUACUUUUUCUUACUUAGUAUAUCAGGUAACUGUCUCGUACAUAUAUUCGUUUGUUUUUCAGUCCAGAGAUGUUGGAUCAGACUGAUUCUCCUGAAAAAAAUUUUUUUUAUCACCCUUAUUGUCUUUGGUGCCUUUUUUUAAAGAGCAGAUAUCAGUUGUUACUUAUAUACUACAGUUUAAAUACCCACAGGACUUUUAGUGCUGAGGAAAGAGGAACUGUAUUUUUAAAUUUGUUGCAUUAUACACAUUUUAAUCAUGCUUACACUGAUGGAUGAAAUCUUUGGAACAUAUAAUUUAGACAUUUUAGAUGUUGUUGGUUAGACUUUGUGAUGAUGAGCGCUGCAGGCUCUAAAUAUUUUGUGUUUAGGUGUCUUUAAUUUUUUACAUUGCAUAACUAUACGUUUGUGUCUCUCUCUUGUUAUGCAAGUAACAUUUCAGUACAAUUAGUUCCUGGAGAAAAGCAAUAUCACCACUGUGUGACCAGUUUUCACAACAACUGAUCUGGAUGGUUCUGGAUCCAUUUAUUAGUCUGUGUUGAUCCAAAUGUAGCUUCUAGUACUGCUGAUACAAGAAGAGAAGCUUAUGGCUAACUGGACGCUGUGGAGACGUCUCUCUUCAGUUCAUAAU